AUGGAGCUCAACUCCACCUUAGGAAGUAGCUUCAUCUUGGUGGGGAUCCUGAAGGACAGUGGGUCUCCUGAACUGCUCUGUGCCACAAUCACAGCCCUGUACAUGUUGGCACUGGUCGGCAAUGGCCUGCUGCUCCUGGUCAUCACAGUGGAUGUCCGGCUCCACGUGCCCAUGUACCUCCUGCUUGGGCAGCUGUCUCUCAUGGACCUCCUGUUCACAUCGGUUGUCACUCCUAAGGCCCUCAUGGAUUUCCUGCACAGAGAAAACAGCAUCUCCUUUGGAGGCUGUGCCCUGCAGAUGUUCCUGGCACUGACACUGGGGGGUGCAGAGGACCUCCUACUGGCCUUCAUGGCCUAUGACAGGUAUGUGGCCAUUUGUCACCCUCUGAACUACAUGAUCUUCAUGAGACCUAGAGUCUGCUGGUUCAUGGUGGCCUCAUCCUGGAUCCUGGCAUCCCUCAGUGCCCUGGGAUAUACUGUAUAUACCAUGCACUAUCCCUUCUGCAAAGCCCGGAAGAUCAGACACCUGCUGUGUGAGAUUUUACCCUUGCUGAAGCUGGCCUGUGCAGACACCUCCAGAUAUAAGCUCAUGGUUUAUGUGAUGGGUGUAACCUUCCUGAUUCCCCCUCUUGUUGUCAUAGUUGCCUCCUACACAUUAAUUCUCUUCACUGUGCUACAGAUGCCCUCAAAGGAUGGGAGGAAGAAAGCUCUUGUCACUUGCUCUUCCCACCUCACUGUGGUAGGUAUGUUUUAUGGAGCAGCUACACUCAUGUACGUCCUACCCGGUUCCUUCCACAGUCCCAAACAGGACAACAUCACCUCUGCUUUCUACACAAUUGUCACCCCAGCCCUGAACCCACUCAUUUAUAGUCUCAGGAAUAAGGAGGUCAUGAGGGCUUUGAGAAGGGUCUUGGGAAAAUAUAUGGGGCAAAAACAUCCUACCCUCUAG